AUGUCGCGCUAUGGCUACUUCAACACGUUCUGUCGCGACAGCGGAAAUCUCUGGUCGACGUUGCCCGUGUGCUACCUCUUUGACCAAGCGCCUACGAGGCAGAAUACAGGAUGGGGGGCCGACGCCUGCACAUUGACUGGAAUACCAUUGUCGGGUGGCAACCGGUUGGCAAACUUGGCAGGUUCCAUACUACUAUGCGGCAUAGCGAUUCUCGCAAGCUUGUUCCUUCUAUGGAGGUCUGAAAGAAAGAAGGCCGCUGUCGGGAGAAGGGAGAUGCAAUUGUUCCUCAUCGGCUACGUGAUAAUUUCUAUUUGCGAGAUCUUCACCGUGGGCGGAUUCCCGCUCGACAGCGCUGUGCGGAAAGCCUUUGUCGCCGUGCACAUCGCCGCCAUCAUCGCAACAACCUGGAUGCUCAUGCUCAAUGGUCUCGUCGGAUACCAAUUGCUCGAUGACGGUACGGCCAUGUCCGUCGGCCUCAUCCUCUUAUCCGCCGCUAUCCUCUUCAUCGGAACCGGCUACAUUGCGCUCGACACGGGAUUCAGCUGGACCGGCUACUUCGACGACACCCUCCAGAAUAACCGCGCCUACGCCCUGUAUACGCUCUAUCAGCUGGCGCCCCUGGUGUUCCUGUUUAUCUUUUUCUGUCUGGAAACCUUUCUUGUCGUUCGUGUUCUUGGCGAGAUGAAGCCCAUGGCCUAUCUCGUUGCGGCAGUAAUUCUAUUUGCCAUUGGACAGAUCUUCCAAUAUGUUAUCAGCGUCCAUAUCUGUGAGGGUACCAGUGGCAAGAUCAAUGGAGGUCUAUUCGAAACAUUGUUCACGCUUCUAGCAGUGGUAAUGAUCUGGGUAUUCUGGUCGAGCAUCACCGAAGACGACUGGCCCACUCCCGGCGUAGGUGGCUCCGGUUACUCGUGA